AUGAAUCUCUUCGCUUACUUUCUCGUCAUCCUUGCUGGAUUUACGGAAGACACAGACAUGCUGAAUACCACGGCUACUACUACACCUACAUUACUCUCAAAUAGCACUCUCUCAACCAGCGCCCUUGCCCUCGGCCUAUCUUCUACGACUAGAACUACGUUCUCAACGACGACAACAACCCGAAUCAUCACAACCACACCCUCUACACUUUCAAACGCCACGAGCGCCAUCGACUUCGCUACCUCACCCCCCUGGCCCAUACCCACCCUAGCCUCCAUCUCCAAUAGCCUCCCCGAGAACGACACGGAAUGCGGCGAAUACAUCGAGCUCUACAACAACCUACGCAUCCCAACCUAUGCUUCAAGCCCACCCGGCUACUUCUGCCGCAACAUUCCCUUGCACACGCAGAUGCUCAGGGGAGUGUGA